UAUCUUCAUCUCUACUCUUCGUUCGUUCACCUAGCUACGAAGGCACGUUGAUUCAAUGCCCCUCGAAUCCGCAGUCGUUUGCCCUUCUUACUUCACCGCCAUCGUCCCCUACAGUCGUAGCACGCUUACUGCUCAAGGCAUCCUAAGACCUGUUUUCUUAUCUUCACAUCGCCAUGGCGCCGAGCUCUCUUCGUUCCUGGUGGCGUUCGCUGCGGCGUUCUCAACCUCCGAGUCGCGAUGCUGGUAUAUUACUCCCCACUGAACCCACUCCUUCAGUUGCUUCGCACGGAAUCGGAGUCCCUACACAGGCUUCAGACUAUCGCUUAGAUCCUACCGAGGUCAGAAAGCAGAUUGGUCGCAUCUCUCGUUUUCGCAUUCUUGUCGUGGGCAGAGCAAAUGCGGGUAAAACAACUAUUUUACAACGGGUCUGUAACACUACGGAUCAGCCUGAGAUCUUCGACGGAAACGGAGAGAAGGUGGAUGCUCGGACGCUGCAGGGUUCAUUGAGGCGUGGCUACCAUAAUAUUGAGGAUGAGCUGGUGUUUAAAAGUAACCCGCGCUUUGUGUUCCAUGACUCAUGUGGAUUUGAGGCGGGGAGCGAGGCAGAGUUUGAUAAGGUGAAGAAAUUUGUUACAGGUCAAGCAAAGUCCAUGAAACUGGAGGAGAGAAUACACGCAAUUUGGUAUUGCAUUCCUUUGAAUGAAAACCAUAGGAUGGUAACAGCAGCUGAAAAGAAGUUCUUUAAUGAGUGUGAUACAGGACAUGUUCCUGUGAUUGUGCUACUAACAAAGGCAGACACCUUAAAUCUUGAUGCAGUUCAGGAGCUUACAAGAAGGGGGUUAACUGUAGAUGAUGCAAUGAAAGAGGCACCAGAGGUAGAAAAACAGCUGCAAAAGAGCUGUCUGGAAAAGAUCAAAUGGUGGCUGAAUGAACUAAAGUUUCCACCUCAAAGCUAUCUGAUCCUCACUGGCAUGGAACAGGAGAGUGCAGAUUGUGUAGAGCUAUUGAAAUGCACAGCAGAUGCUUUGACAGAGGAAGGGCUGCAAGGACUGCUUAUAUCAUCACAGCAGUCAAACUUGGGACUCUGCAUGGAAUUUGCCAUCAUGAGGACAUUGAAGAGGAUCAUGAACAAUGUGGCUGACCAGAUUGAACCAGAUGACAUAGCAUAUGCCCUUGCAACAUGGUUCCCAUAUGUAAGCAACCAGGAGUGAGUGGAACCAUAGCAGAUGGUGGUGGAUGCAUGCU